UGGCGUGAGAGGGUGCAGAGAGAGUGACGUAACCCGGAAGAAUCAUAUAUGCUGCUCAGUGAGGAGAAGGUGUCUUUGUCUGUUUUAUUUCAAACGAUAGGAAAAUUGGAGUUUUGUCACUGAUUUCCAAAGUCUCUAUAGGGUUAUACAAUUCUUGUAAGAAAAAAUGUCGUUGAGUGGCGCUUGGAAACGGAUGUCGUGGCUCUAUUAUCAGUAUCUCCUUGUAACAGCGUUGUAUAUGUUGGAACCUUGGGAAAGGACCGUCUUUAAUUCUUUCUUGGUUUCAGUUGUCGGAAUGGCAGUGUAUACCGGGUAUGUUUUCAUGCCCCAACACAUUAUGGCCAUCUUGCACUACUUUGAAGUUGUACAAUGAAGUUUCCUUUCGAGGCGCACACAAGGGCAAGAGUUACUAAACUGAGGCAAGGAAAAAGUUUGCCUUCCUUGGAUAUUUCAGUAGUAGAUAACCAAACACUUAAAACCAGGCAUAGUGCCCUGUUAACUUAUUUUUUAUUUAAUUCAUACCAGUCAUGAGAGGUGCCUUGUUGAGACUUGCACAUCCAUCAGCAUAGUGACUGUUUGAAAAUUCUGACCAGUAUUUUUGGAAGCAGUUGUGAUUAUAUUGUAUUGCACUAUGAAAGCUUUCAUCUGCCUUUUCAAUUUAGCAAGUGUCUGAAUUGUGCAAAAAUGUCAAUGGACUUUUAUUGUAGUGGUGGAAAUUGUUAAAAUAAGCUUUUUUAGCCGUAGACAAUCUGCAUAAUAAAAGUGUAUAUUUUUAAAUAAUGGAUUUUAUACCAUCAUUUUGAGGGUGGGUAGGAUAAACUACCCAGGGUUUGUUAUGGCAUAAAAUGGUUUCAGUUUUUCAUUAAACAGCAGAGAUGGACCUUGUAAGGGUGUAUUUUUUAAGAGGAGCGAGUCAGCAUUUUUAUACACCUUUUGUAGUACUUUGUCUAAAUUUUUGUUUUAUGCUGUUGAUACCACCAGAAGCAAAUAAUCCAGAGCUAUUUAAUUGUGAUGUGAGCAUUUUUACUAGCAAGGUGGGCAGGGUAUCUCCGAUAGAUGCGUUGUUUUAAACCGCACUGUAUAAUUUGUGAAUGCUUUCGACUGUCAAAAUCUAAAACCUUUGCUGUGAUGCAUCUUGCGUUCAUUUCUUUCCAUCAAGAUGUUUUUAGCUUCAAACCUUGCUUUUUCCCUAGCUUUUGGAAGGGUGAAACUGAAAUCUUCAUUUCUCCACAGAUUAAUUACUAAAAUCACGGUUACCCAGUAUUUUAGGAGUGACCUGGAUUACCUUACUGUUUCUAUGUUUUUGUCACUUUGUAUGUAUAAAUGUUAAAUCACUUGGCUUUCUACAGGACAUGUCUGUACAUUUGUGAAACCAAUUGACCAUUUUUCUUUCACAUUAAACUUGCAUAUAUGCACAUCGUAAAGGAUGUGACACAGCUUUGCCUGGUCUUCACAACUCUAGCUAUUUUUUCCUUACCUCUUUUUAGCACUGAAGUGGUAUGGUAAACUGAAGCAAUAGUUUCUGACAGAUUUAUAUAUUUUUUGUUAAUAUUUGCUUUUUAAAAAAUGUGAACCUUUGCUGUGUUGCGUACGUGUGCAGCACUGUAUCUUGAAUGCAGUUCAUCUGCAGUACCAUCUUUUGGCAGUCUUUAAAAUAUUUUCACAGAUUAAAUUGCAUAUAAUGUUCAUGUUUUUAAUGCGUGUGUAGUUUACAAUAUUGUACAAUUAAACAAUUUGAAGAAAAA